AUGAAGCGCUUCCUGGGUUCUCUGAGCGGGCGCUCAAGUGAGUGUCUCGCCGUCUCCACGUCUCCCCGCAAAUUCGCUGACUUGUACCCGAACAUAGGCUCCAGCGACAGUGUCGAACAUCGUGAAGACUCACCAGAGGCCACUGUGCUGAAAGAACUGACUGCCUUCUGCGAAUCAAAUGCAAAUGAGAAUGUGAAUGGCUCUUCGCGCGACGCGGUAGGUGCCUCGGAGAUGACAAGAAACAACCCUUUUUCAAGACUGACCACCUCAUUCACACCACUGCAGCAAGGAGCCGAAGUCGUCCACCUUCCCAAAAUCGUUGAAGCCGCCGAGUCAAGCCCCAAUGCCGCCAAGGAAGCGGCUCUGCGCAUUCGGAAGUACUUUUCCGAUUCUGCUGCCACCUCGAACCAAACCCAGUACAAUGCGAUCAUGCUCAUGCGCAUUCUGGCUGAUAACCCAGGCCACACUUUCACGCGCAACUUUGAUGCCAAAUUCGUGACGACCGUCAAAGAGCUGCUUCGCACAGGACGCGACUGGCACGUGCAGAGCUAUCUCCGCCAGUAUCUGGAUACCCUCGAGCAACAGCGCGCAUGGGACGAGGAUCUGAAACUACUGCUGCAGAUGUGGGCGAAGGAGAAGACGAAAGCCUCGCACGGGUUGACCGACCGUUUCCCAAUGAAUCCCACAGUCCCGCCGCAAGCCCCGCCGCAAGUCCCGCCUAGGUUUCACGGUCACCAGCAACAGCCAUAUAGACCGUCCCACCUACCGGCAAAUACCCUCCCCAACGCAGAGGAACUAGCAGCCCGCAUCGAGGAAGCGCGCAAUUCGGCGAAACUACUAACGCAAUUUGUCCAGUCUACGCCCCCAGUAGAGCUGGAAGACAACGAUCUCAUCAAGGAGUUCGUUGACCGCUGCGGGAGCGCUUCGCGUUUAAUUCAAGGAUACAUCCACAUGAACAACCCGGCUCCGGACGAGGACACCCUUUUGACACUCAUUGAGACGAACGACGAGAUCUCCGUCGCGCUGUCGCAGCAGCAGCGUGCCAUGCUAAAGGCACGCAAGAUCACAGGAUCUUUAUCGCCGACCACGUCUCAUAUGGAUAGCUCCUCGCCGUCACAGGCUGUCGCACCAGCCGCUGCGAAUCUCUCUCCGCCCCUCGUGGCCCCAGCUCAGGCCGAAACAGGGAGACCCGAGUCCCCUGCAUUCGUCGCGGCACAACUGCCUUCUCCGAUCAUGACUGGCGGCCGUCCACUUGGUUCCUACCCCGUGUCGGGAUCGGCGACUACCGGUCGGUAUGAAUAUAACUCUGAGGAUUUCCACGUGCGGAAUCCUUUCGCUGAUGAUCAUGAUACGAACGAUUUGGGUGAGCGGGAUCGGGCGCAUGGCAAUUCGCAGCCUUAG